GUGACUGUUUGAGACUCCUACAGAGCGCAGUGAACCUGUACAGGGAAGCAGUGAGUGAGUAGUGAUUCCAGUAGAUCAGUCUCUGAAAGGAAGGAGAAGUUUUCACAUGGAGUCCAACGGUACCCCCAGCGUGCAAUACGACCGCUGGAAUGAGGAAAAUAUCAAUAUGAACGUGGAGGCUUCACAGCCUGUUCUGCGAAGGAUCUACAACAGAAUGUGCACCGGCAACAUUGGAAUAGCAGUGAAGGUUGCAGGAGCUGUAGCUGCACUGGUGACUGUUUACAUUAUAGGAUACGUGACUGGAUACCACAUCCAUCGAUGCCCGUAGAAUGAAGGAAGCCAUCACAAGAUGAAAGUGCAUGGACAAACCAUGAAUUUAUACAAUGCUACGUUAACAGUGAAAUUAAAAUCAACUCAUAUUUCAAUUUUUAUGGAAAAAAAACACAAAUCUGUGGCCUUGUGUGGGAUUCAGUGCCUCUGAUAAAUCUCAUAUCCACCUUCUUAAUAAAAAGAAGCUGAAAGCUGUAUUGCAGUCCUGGUGGAUAGCUGUUGCUACUGUAAAACUACAGUAUCACUGGGCACUCAGUUGUAUUUUAAAAUGCAAUUGUAUCUGAAUGUUUCUUGCCAAAUUCAUUCAUUCAAAGGAAAUUCACUCUUAACUGACAUCAAGCACUGCACUGACAGCAUUUUCUGAACUCUAGACAGCCUUUUCCUUUUUUGCUGCACACUGAUUUCAUUAUGCUUUUCACCCCGUAAUUAGUUCUCCAGCAUUAUGUAACAAAGACAUACUGAUUUGUACAUUCAAUGGUAUUUGCAGCUCCUAGAUGAGUGUUCCACUUUUCAGAAAUGCAUCUAAACACAAUCAUCAGUUAAACUGUGCAGGACUGGCUGAUUACACAGCUUCUUAAAAAGGAGUGACUGCAGCAGUUGACUUGUUAUAGUUUGUGAAACACCCUCCACAAACAUUCACCAGCAACUACACAGGAGUUUAAUGUCCCAGUUAUUAGCGCAUUACAAUUAUCUUUAAAAAAAAUUAUCAGAAAAAGCAGCAAUGAUGAAUUAUCCUUAUUAUGGAGACUUUCAACACUCAUGU